AUGGGAUCUAUCACGUCAUGGCAUAGCCCGAAGAUUCUCCUUCAUGUAGUGCCGAUAGCCGCACUUGUGGCUUUAUUCGUGGCAUUGGUUGGAUAUGUUUCGUGGAGCCUACACAUAUUCAACCCAGUUCCACUGCGAAUUCACAUGGAUUGCGAUGUUUACCAUGGGCAAGAUGGAAAGAAGCUUUUGGAAGAGUACAAAGAGAACCGAACAGUGCUCCGUCAGCAGAUCGAUUUGAACGAAAACAAGUGUUACUUCAUAAGGAAGAGGAGAUAUCUACCCACAGAAGUUCCUGAUAGUAUGGAAGUUCAUCACUAUAUGUACUUCCUAAGGAUCAAUUACGAUUUCCUGGAAGAAGUGAUGACCAUGAUGUACUCUCCUCUUCACUUCUACUGCUUUGUCAUAGAUAGUAGCGCAUCUCCAAAGUUCGAGCAAUUGGUGCGAAUGCUCGGAGAGUGCAUCCUCAACAUCAUUGUUCCACCGGGGACCUAUAACACAACUACUGCUCAUGGGACGUUUGUGGCGUUAAACGCAUGCUACAUUGGCAUGGAAAAAUACCCCUGGAAACAUUCUAUCAUCACUGAAGAAAAUGAAAUGCCUAUACAUUCGAUCCAUUAUAUUGCUGAUAAUGCUCGACGACUUGGAGAUGCCGCCCGCAUUGGCAGAGUCACCAUCUCUGAAGAACACACCAGAAUUCUCGGUAAAGACCUGUCUGUGGCCAACAGGCAGGAUCAGGAGUACGUUACAAGAGCAGUAUGUACAUGGCUUCUCAGCCGACGAUUCCCGCUGACACUGCCGAGAGCAUUCACAUCCGUGUUUUUCAAAUUUGUAGGCCAACAAGAUUUGGAAAACUGUGAGCCACUUUCACGAACUUUCGACAAGAACGUUGCCCUUGAUGUAUGUCAUACGCAACGAUUUGACGAAAAAGGGAACUGCAUCAUAGGAAUGGAGGACUACGAGCAGUCGACAAAGUCAAAAACUUUGUUCGUGCGGGCUGACCCUUACUUCGACCACGGCAUCAUACAGUGCGUGAACGAGUUCGUCUACCAACGGACCUACAAAGGCAGUUACGGGAAUGUGAACUACACUUGA